CGAAAUUUUAUACGCACAAAUACAAAUGGAUACAAAGUCAAAUAAUUCUCCGAGUUUCCUGGAAACUCAUUUUGUCGACAUCCAUGAGAUCUUGCCAGAAGAAGAAGACGAAGAAGCAGAAGGAGAAGAAGAGAUAGCCAGCAAUGUUGAAAAUGCAGAGAACCGAUUUCACAGGCUUGUUAAAGCUAGGGAAGGAAAGAGGGCUCGGAGAAAUUUUAGCAGACAAGUUUCCCUGGAGACAGGCUUCUCGGUGCUGAGUAAAGAGUCUAAAACCAAAGAUCAACGUGAAUUACUUAGAAGAAGCGGAACAAGUUUUGGAGACUAUGGCUCAACUCGUCGCUUUGUUGAAGGAAGGAAAGCAGACUUCAACAUCUUCAGAACUAAAUCUGCUCUGAGUAGACAGAAUUCAGCAUUGCCCCAGAGAGAGAGUGGGGUUGAUCAUAUUCAGAAAAAUCAAGAUGCUCCUGGAGAAGGGCUUCAACAUGAUGGUGAAUCUGUUAACGAGAGUGUUCCCGCUGGAAGAUACUUUGCUGCUCUUAGAGGGCCUGAAUUAGACCAAGUCAAGGACUCGGAGGACAUACUGUUACCCAAAGAUGAGAAAUGGCCAUUCCUCCUUCGUUUCCCAAUUGGUUGCUUUGGUAUCUGUUUAGGCCUAAGCAGUCAGGCCAUUCUUUGGCGUGCUCUCUCCAGCAGUCCAUCUACCAAAUUCCUUCAUGUUACACCUUUCAUCAAUUUUGUGCUGUGGCUGUUGGCCGUAGGUGUCCUUGUUGCAAUUUCUGUCACCUAUGCACUCAAAUGUGCAUUGUAUUUUGAAGCAGUCAAGAGAGAGUAUUUUCAUCCAGUAAGAGUCAAUUUCUUUUUUGCACCUUGGGUUGUCUGCAUGUUCUUAGCCAUUGGAGCACCACCGAGAAUAGCACCAGAAACUCUUCAUCCAGCGAUUUGGUGUGUCUUUAUGGCCCCAAUUCUGUUUCUUGAUCUCAAAAUUUAUGGUCAAUGGCUUUCGGGCGGAAAACGACGUCUCUGCAAGGUGGCAAAUCCAUCUUCUCAUCUCUCAGUUGUUGGAAACUUUGUUGGAGCAAUAUUGGCUGCCAAAGUGGGAUGGAAAGAAGCUGGCAAGUUCUUGUGGUCCAUUGGGUUUGCUCAUUAUCUGGUGGUGUUUGUAACAUUGUAUCAGCGAUUGCCAACAAGUGAAGCACUCCCUAAGGAGCUACACCCUGUCUAUUCCAUGUUUAUAGCAACUCCAGCUGCAGCAAGCCUUGCUUGGGGAGCUGUCUAUGGCGAAUUUGAUGGCUUGGCAAGGACCUGCUACUUCAUUGCUUUAUUUCUCUACUCAUCACUGGUUGUCCGUAUCAACUUCUUCAGGGGAUUCAGGUUUUCUGUUGCAUGGUGGUCUUAUACCUUCCCGAUGACAACAGUGUCAAUAGCAAGCAUCAAGUAUUCAGAGGCAGCCCCUUCAGCAGUAAGCAAAGGCCUUGCCUUGACUCUUUCUUUUAUGUCAUCAGCAUUGGUGUCAAUAUUGUUUGUCUCCACACUGCUCCAUGCUUUUGUCUGGCGGACAUUAUUCCCAAAUGACCUUGCCAUUGCCAUAAAAAAGAGAAGGCUUGCAAAGGAGAAAAAACCCAUGAAAAAGAGUUGCGACAUAAAGCGUUGGACAAAGCAGUCCCCUCUAUCUCUUGUAUCUACCACAAGAAAGCAUAACUCAGGAAAUAAGGGUUCUGAUGGGGAGAACUAAGGAGACUUUGAUAGCAAAGAGAAUGAAAUUUACAGAUGGUCCAAUAAGUCAGUUUCUUAAACACAGUAACUAGGCCAUUCGGUAGCAGAAAAUGGUGCAGAAAAACUCAGUACCUUUACAACUCACGGCAUGUGUUUGUAGAAAUGAACAGAUUUGAAUGCUGCAGCAAUUAUCAACGUGCUCAUGACCAGUAAGAGAGUUCUAGAAAUAAACAAUUCUGCUACUAGCAUACAGAUGUCAUGCAGCCGUAGAAAAGCAGCAACUCCAUAUACCAAUUUUGAGAAGUAGAUGAGUUUCCAUCUUAUACGAUUAUAUUAAGCAAAAUAUUUGGUUAAAUAGCACCAUGCUCAGAGAUAUGCUGAAAUUUUGGGAAGGGAUGAAGAUCUGGUGCAUUCAAUGGAAGCAAAGUUCCAGCAUUUUACUACUGGAAACAGUUAGACCAACUAAUUAUUCUUCUCAAAUAGAAAAACUACCACUUUAUCAACUAACCAUCUAGCUUAAGGUCGAUUACAAGCAGCAGCUCAGAUAUUAAUAAUUUAAUAUAAUAUCUUGAGCCGUUUCUCUGUCUAGCUAUAAGCUCUGAUACAGUAAACUUUCGAUGGUGUAUAACCUGAAGAAGAUGGAAUGAGGUUGCUGUACACUGUCCAACAACAUUCAGCAUAUUGAGAUGAUUAACUUGUAGUAUCAUUGCCUUCAGGCAUGACUUGCAAAAAAA